AUGGAAAAUUCGGGAAAUGUUAGGAAAUUGGUGACUAGAGAGGCGUGCGAGUGGGGUAGACUCACCCUUUGUCAAGGCCUCUUUGGAGUAGCAAUGCUAAGAUAUUUUAAGGAAAAAAAUUGCGGAAAAAAUAGUAAAAAGCUUAAACUCUUAACAAAGAUCCUUCAAUCCCAUUCAGACUUCACAUAACUGAGCUUGACAGGGAACGGCGACUGAAGCAUAGGAUAAAUCAGAUAUCCCAAAGUUGUAAAUUUAGAAUAAUUUUUAUAAAUUUUUCAUGCUGAAGAACCUAUAAUGACAUUCCCAAACCUUGAAAUUAAGCAGAAGCAGAGGGUUUAAAACACAGAUAAAAGUUUAAGAAAUAUUUAGGAAGCAUCUGAA